GUAAUCUGUCUCUUCUCUUCAAUAGAAAUCUGCAGUCAUGAAGAUCUUUGUCGUCGCCCUUGUCCUCCUACCCCUUGUGUACUGCAGCUUCAUUGACCAGUUUGCACACAUCUUCGAUGUCAGUGAGCUGAAGGGUGUUGUCCAGAAGAUCGCUGACACCAUCGGAUCUGACGCCACCGAGGCUGCUUGUGAGAGUGAGUGCGCCACCAUCCUGCACAACAACGCUCUCCUAUCCAGUGGUUGUGACCUCGUCUGCAGAUCCUUCCAGUCCCUCGUCAGCCACUUCCACAUCGCCUAGACCUGGGCACCGGUUCCAACAUUGUCACACUAAUAAAACUGUAAAAAAACUA